CUCCAUGCCACUGUCAUUUUCUGAAGUCCCGGGAUCCAUGUGGUUACUUCACCGGCACGUUUAUCACCAGAGGGGGCUGCGAGGGAUAAAGGAGGGGGAGGAGGAGGAGGAGAGGGGGGGACAAACAGCAACAGAAUAAACAGGCGCUACGUAGUAACCCGCAUGGGCAGAACAUUUAGUACCCUGGACACGAGAUGAGAGGGGCGGGCUCGAGUUUGGAGGAAUAGACGCGGGCGCACGAUCUGCAACACUCACCGGUCGCCUCUUCUUCUUCUUCUUCUUCUUCUUCAUCAUCAUCAUCAUCUUCUUCUUCUUCUUCUCCGGCUUCUACCUCGCCGUCAUCUGUUUCCUUUCUCCGGGAAGAAGAAGCGAGGGGUUGGAAAAUAACAGGAGCGCGACGAAAUUGUUACUGUGUGUGAUGCCCACACUCAGAAAUGACCACUGAUCAGGAUCUGCCAAUGGAUGGCCAGUCAGCCACAGCCGUGUUUGCUGCAAAGGGCAUUGAUGUAACACCUAACAAAGACCACGGAGUUAUCAAGGUUGUGAAGCAUGAGGGCCAAGAUGGAGACCGGCCAAUGAUAGGGGACAGAGUGACUGUCCACUACACGGGAAAGUUGCUAAACGGAAAGAAGUUUGACUGCAGUCGAGAUCGCAAAGAACCUUUUUGUUUCAAUGUGGGCAAGGGACAAGUCCUCAAGGCUUGGGAUAUUGGUGUGUUGUCCAUGCAGAGAGGCGAGGUGUGCACAUUACUCUGCAAACCAGAGUACGCUUAUGGACCUGCUGGUAAUCCCGACAAAAUACCUCCAAGCACUCCAGUAGUGUUCGAGAUGGAGCUGCUCAGUUUUGAAGGGGAGAUGCUUACGGACGACGGUGGCAUCUUAAGGAGAAUAAAGGUCAAAGGGGACGGUUACAGUAAUCCCAACGAUGGAGCAACAGUAGACGUGCACCUAGAGGGAAGCUGUGGUGGCAGAUUAUUUGACUGCAGGGACGUCAGCUUCAUCGUUGGUGAAGGUGAAGAUAAAGGCGUUCCUCUCGGCGUCGACCGAGCCAUGGACAAGAUGCAGAAGGGAGAGUGCUGCAUACUCUACUUAAAGCCAAAGUACAGCUUCGGAAGCGAGGGUAAACCAGAGUACAAAAUUGGACCAGACAAAGACAUUGUAUACGAAGUCACCCUUAAAGACUUUCAAAGGGCUAAAGAAUCCUGGGAAAUGGACUUGAAGCAAAAGCUGGAUUUGGCUGCUGGAGUUAAGCAUAAAGGGAAUCAAUAUUUUAAGGCAGGGCGGCACCACCAGGCAGUCAUCCAGUACCAGCGCAUUGUCUCUUGGCUAGAAAUGGAGUGUGGUUCUGGGAUGGAGCAGCAGAAGAAGAUACAGGACUUCAUUUUGACGUCACACCUCAAUUUAGCGCUGUGUUUCCUACGGUUAAAAGAGUACUCGCAAGUGGUGGAGAACUGCAACAAGGUGAUCGAGCUUGAUGAGAGCAAUGAGAAGGCUUUGUAUCGCCGCGGGGAAGCUCGCCUCCUUCGCAACGAGUUCACCCUGGCCAUGGCAGACUUUCAGCAAGUGCUUCAAGUCAACCCCUCGAAUCGAGCAGCUCGUGCUCAGAUUUCCAUCUGCCAGAGCAAGAUUAAGGAACAUCAUGAGCAGGACAAGAAGACCUAUGCCAACAUGUUCCAGAAAUUUGCAGAACGGGAUGCCAAGACCGGUAAGACGAAGAGGAGGCGGGACGACAGCACGAGGAGCAGCAUGAACGGUGAAGUGGGCACCAAGCGGCGGCGGAGGAGUCAGGACUGUCCAUCGUAAUGGCGACAUUUGAAAGGGAGAAAAAGAAAGACAUGCCUCUCUUUGCUUUCCAAGCCGUGGGAGCAGAGGCAGGAACAAAGUCGUUUAAAGGCCUCUAAUCCAAACCUCUUUAUCCCAAAAUCCAACGUUACCAUUCCUGCAUAUAAAGCAGAGUGUUAACAGGGACGUUUGCAAGCCAAACAGCUUCUCCCCUGUCGCACGGACUGUGCAACUGCCAGGACGCAGCUUCCAGUGGACUGCAGAAUCAGUGAGCUCAGACUGGUGAACACUUUUAGCCCCCCACUAUAUUUUGAUAAAAAUUUAAUUUAUUUCUUCAAAAGCAGAGGAAUUCCAUGUUAUUUGUCAUUAGGCGACUAAAUAGAGUUGAGAUGUGCCUCCAUAGUGUGUUUCUAAUUCCAAAAACUGUCCCCUUACCUGUAUUUGGUAUUAAGCCUUUUCUUGGGCAGCUGCAUGCAUGUAUCAUGAGGUGUUUGGGAUUUAGACUUGAAACCUUGCUAUUUUUUUUAACGUGCAAUAUGUACUUUGAAUAAGAAGUGUAACAAGCCCUGUUAAACGUAGUGGUGCUUGAAACAAAAACAUGAUUAUUUCUACUUCUCUGUUCAAAGUGUCCCACCCUGCCUCUCGGCCCCUCCCUCCUCCAGCCACUGCCACUCUCUUCCUGACCGCAUGACGCUCUCGGUCUUACCCAUCACCUCACACAUUUCUUUUCACACAUUGCUCAUCCAAUCAUAGCGAACAAUCGGUCACAUCCAACAAAACCAUUCUGCUGCGUUUCAGACAACUAGGAAAAGUGGAAUGGAACUACACUGAAAAUCAGAAUUCCUCCUAGUAAACGCGGGGCAAAUCCAUCUAACCCUAAAUUAUACCAAAACUUGAGUUCUGGCAUUCUGGCAAUUGUACUAUUUAGUGUAUUUGGUUACUGCCAGUAACAGCUGAAUCAAUGGGAUACUACCUAUGAAGCCAAAUGUUUUAUAAAUGUCUCGACCAGAACCUAAACUGUGGUAUAGAGAUGCUGAUCAAGGUUCACGGUCGUCCAUGGCAGGGUAACUCUUAAGUGCUGUAUCGUAGGCAACUGGACUUGUUUCAGUCCCUUGAAGUGGCCCUAACACCUCGAAAACUCAGAGCUCACACGUGUCCUUUAACGACUCUGUAAGGACACUGCUGCACAGGGUUUAAAAGCCUGCAACUCCUUAGAAAUGAAGAAGCCUCCUGAAUGAGAGGUGAAACGUCUUCAAGGAAAUGAAACAAGUCCAGCUGCCUGCGAUACAGCGCUUAAGAUGCUGUGUAGAGAGAUUAUUUCCACAAGUACCUUUCAAGAUUAGACUUUUGUUUGACAUAAAGUUGAAGAAUUGUUUUGCUACGGUCAUGCACUAAAAUAAUUUAUUCAUGAGUACAUGCAUGAUAAUUACUUAUUUGUUGAAAUCUUGUGUUUCAUCCAUUAAACACAUCAUCAUGCAGUGUAAACAGGGAAGCUAGUGUAAAAUAGUGAGUUGAUCAAACCCAUGAUAGGUGUCUGUGGCUGUGAUGACAGACGGUAAUAACAUUUUUGUAAACUGAUCCAAGCUUCAAAAGCUUCAGUUUAAAAAGCAAAAACAAAAGUUAAAAUGUAUAUAAAAUGAAAUGUACCAGUGCCUGGGCUUGACUCGAAGUUUCUCCUUCUGUUGCACUCAUUGUACAUUUGUCAAUCAGCUAAUUGCAUUCAAGCAACAUGGCACAAUCUUCAGCGCAGCGUUACGUCUGAUGACUGUCAGAAAUCCUCACACUUGUGACUGCCGCAAGAGGCAUUUGAUCAUGAAAUCAGCCGUUUCUCACCUUUGUAUUCGACAGAGCCGACUGAUGCGCUUGCGUUGACUCUGUGAGUGCAAGCGAGAGAGUUGAUCUGCAGUGAAGCUUUAAAAUCAUCAGAACCACAUUUUCUUUCUUUUUAUUUUUCACUCUUUCACAAGUUUCAUUAAUUUUUUCAACUCUGGUAAUGUGCUCGGCUGCAUACUUUUAUAUCCAUGUAGUUCUUUUCGCCUCAGUCCUGAAAAAGUUGUCUUUUUAUUUCACUGCAUCUAUUUUUUUUUUUUUUUUUUUUUUUUGUUAUUCUUAAAUGUGUGAAUGUUAGUAGAUUGUGGACAAUGAUGCACUUUGGUGACUGUCAAGCCAACACUGUUAUCUUUUCAUGGAACGUUAAAAUCUUGACAAUAAUCGUGAUGUUUUAUAAACAUUGGCUGGUUUAGAAUGAAAAACCUUAACUGUCUUAAAUAUUUUGUGUAAAAAAAGAAAAAAAAAGUCAAGUAAGUGUGUGUGUCUGUGUGUGUGUCUGUGUGUCUGUGUGUGUGUGCGUGCGUGUAUGUGUUUGUAUGAGUGUGUGUAAAUAUAUAUUGUUGUAUGUUAGCAAGGUUUUUAAACAGCUUAUUGCUUAAUGUUUUCAAGUACCGCCGGCUCUUAACAUUCAAACAUUUUGUACAGUGGAAACGAGCAUGAAGUACUUUUUCUAGCAGUUAUAAAUUGUGUUUAACAAUAUACUGAAUAUUUAUCCCCCAUUGUCAAUUACAAAAAUAUCUUGAGUGCUACAUUUGUCAUUGAUAACCGCAAAUUACAGGAGUAGUUUGGACAAUUUUGACAUAAAAGUAAAGGAUAAAAUGCAGAUUUAACUGCGGCAUUUGUCAAAAUGACAAAAUGUUUACAUGUAUUCAGAAGAUUUUCACCUUGUAAUGAGAAAAUGUGAUCAGUGUUUUCAACAGGCAUUUAUGCGAAAGAAAUAUUUUCAGACAAAAGAAAAAACUCUGCAAGGUACCUUUGUUCAUGUCUUCUUUAUAUAUAUCUAUCUAUUUUUUUUGCACUUUACAAGCAUUAAAUAAAUCUAAGAGUUGCAUUUAAA